AUUCUGGAGAAAGCAGCGGAGGGAAUGUGGCAGUCACGUAGAGGAGGGAAAACCUGGAGGAACGGCAACUGGCAAUGCGUCGAACAAAGUACUAAACUCCUAAAAAUACGUAUAUCGUUACGUUAGUUCUGUGUCGGGGGAUUUAACUACAGUCUACUACAGCUGGAAGCGAACAUACUGGAAUAUAUAACUCGACUUUUCUGGAAUAUCAACACAAGGAAUAACGUUACGUUGCUGUGCCAGCUCUUUGGAGUUUUCCUGCGAACUGCCACCGUGGUCCGCUACGUUUCAAGGGGGUUGAAAAGUUUAUGCUGCUAUACUUCACUAAAAGAAAGUCUCUCCAUACCUCUGCACACUCGGAGGAAAUAACACCACCAUUUUAUUUUGAAGCCGCUGCGUCUGGAGCCGUCCGCUGAGUGUCGGAGACCGGAAGUGUCUCACCUGAGGCAGGUCUCCAUGUCUCCAGAUUUUAAAUAAAGCUGGUUCAAACGCGAGGAGGAGGAGGCGGCGGCGGCGGGGGGGGGAGCAUGGGGAAGGAGCAGGAUCUGCUGCAGGCGGUGAAGAGCGGAGACCUGCCAUCCACUCAGAAGCUGCUGUCCAAACUCAAAGCCAACAGGAACAAGUUGCUGGGCUCCACCAAGAGACUGAAUGUCAACUACCAGGACUCAGAUGGGUUUUCGGCGCUGCACCACGCUGCGCUCACAGGGACCGCAGAGCUGCUGUCUGCACUGCUGGAGGCUCAGGCCACUGUGGACGUCAAGGACAGCAACGGAAUGCGUCCGCUGCACUACGCCGCCUGGCAGGGGAAAGCCGAGUCGGUCCUGGUGCUGCUCCGCUCCGGAGCGUCGGUGAACGGCAUUUCUCUGGACGGACACAUCCCUCUGCACCUGGCAGCGCAGUACGGACACUACGAAGUGUCUGAGAUGUUGCUGCAGCAUCAGUCCAACCCGUGUCUGGUCAACAAGGCCAAGAAGACACCUCUGGACCUGGCCUGUGAGUUUGGAAGAGUCCAGGUGUCCCAGCUGCUGCUGAGCAGCAACAUGGUGGUGGCGCUGUUGGAAGGAGAGAGGAAGGAGCCGACAGACUCCGCCUUUACCACGCCACUGCACCUCGCCGCCCGCAACGGACACAAAGACAUCAUAGGGCUGCUGCUGAAGGCCGGCAUCGACAUCAACAAGACCACCAAGUCUGGAACGGCCCUGCACGAAGCCUCUCUCUACGGGAAGACGGAGGUGGUCCGCCUGCUGCUGGACGCCGGAGUGGACGUGAACAUCCGGAACACCUACAACCAGACGGCGCUGGACAUCGUCAACCAGUUCACCACGUCGCACGCCAGCAGGGACAUCAAGCAGCUGCUCCGAGAUGCGACUGGCGUCCUGCAGGUCCGAGCUCUGAAGGACUACUGGAACCUCCACGACCCGACGGCGCUCAACAUCCGAGCCGGAGAUGUCAUCACGGUGUUGGAGCAGCACGUGGACGGACGCUGGAAGGGACACAUCCAUGACACCCAGAGAGGGACGGACCGAGUCGGAUUCUUCCCCCCGUCCAUCGUGGAGGUCAUCAGCCGGAGAAAUGGGGGCACCCUGUCCCACGCCUCCCUGCCCACCCAGCGCCAGCAGCAGCUGUCCAGACCCCCCCUCUCCUGCAGUCUCAGCUCUGCCCCUCAGACCGACGACUCCUACACCCUGUACGCCCCCCCCACUCACCUGGUGCUGCCGCUUGCCAACGGCCUCGCUACCAACACAGGUUUGUCUCCGAGCCGCCUGUCUCAGUCCGGAUUUCCCUUCGAGGACAUCUGGGUCCUCAGGGACUCGUGUCAUGCGGGAGACAGGAACAGCGUGGGGAGCACCGGCAGCGUCGGCAGCACCCGGAGCGCCGGCAGCGGACAGAGCACCGAGAGCACCAACGCGCCCAACGGACUGCAACACAACGCUGGUCACCAUGACAACACUAACAAGCCGGCGCCCUCUGCUGGUGAUUCUGGAAACUCCGACUGCAGCAAACAGCCGGAUCAUCCUGCAGGCGGGACUCCCCGGAGGCAGACGGUGACGGUGCAGAGACCCGAGACUUUCUCCCAGCAGUUUGUUCGUCCUCAGCAGCUGCUGGAGGGGAAGGAUGCCGAGGCCAUCUACCAGUGGCUGAGUGAGUUCCAGCUGGAGCAGUACACGGGCAACUUCAUCAGCGCCGGUUAUGAUGUCCCAACCAUCAGCAGGAUGACUCCUGAGGAUCUGACCGCCAUCGGAGUGACCAAACCGGGCCACCGCAAGAAGAUCUCCAUGGAGAUCUACAACCUGAACAUCCCCGAGUGGCUGCCGGAGUACAUCCCCUCCAAUCUCGGCGAGUGGCUCAGCGCCAUCGGCCUCCCGCAGUACCACAAAAAGCUCUCGGAAAAUGGCUACGACUCCAUCAGCAUCGUCAGAGACCUGACGUGGGAGGACCUGCAGGAGAUCGGCAUCAUCCAGCUGGGCCACCAGAAGAAGCUGAUGCUGGCGGUGAGGAAGCUGUGUGACAUCCAGCGAGCGAUCCUCCACGCCGAGAUGGGCCACGGCGGCACGCUGCGGCGCAAAGCCCCCGGAGCGCUGCACCUGGUCGCCAUCGAGCCGCCGGCCGACUCGGCGGCGGCGGGCGAGUGCUCCUCCCCUCACACCCCGAAGAUGACGACCUUCCAGGACAGCGAGCUGAGCGCCGAGCUGCAGACGGCCAUGUCCGGCCAGUACGGAGGCUGCGAGGACGGCCUCCUCGCCAUCAGGAACGCCGCGGCGAUGUCGCAGAGCCAGGAGAGCAUUGAGACGCGGUCCAGAGGCUCCGGGCGCUCCGGGGAGCCGCCCACGGCGUCUGUCACGCCGCACAGCUGGUCGCAGGAGAGCCUGGACGCCAGCCCCGCCCGGGAGAGGAACCUCCCCGAGGGCUGGGACCAGAGGGCGCCGCCGCAGCCGCACAAACAGGUGCCUCUGGGCACGGCGACCGUCUUUAAGUACCCGGCGAUCCCAGCGAAACCCAAAGCACCCGCGCCGCGCGGUCCAUCCCCUCACGGCUCGCCGGCGCUGAAAGGUUUCAGCUACCUGCACUCGAACUGCGGCGCCACGGACCUGCGCGCGUCUCCGCGGCAGGGCAACCGCAGCAUGACUCUGCUGCCGGCUAAGAAGCGCGUGCAGAACGCGACCCGCUACGCCCUGUCGGACGGGGAGCCCGACGAGGACGACGAGGAGUCAGCGUUUCAUCACUGUGGAAACGUGGCGUCCUACGCCACGCUGACGCGCAAACCCGGACGCAGCCAGCUGGCGCGCUUGCACGCGAGUCCGGAGAAGAACGGCAGCGGCGGCGGCGUGGGGCGCAGUCAGUCCUUCGCGGUGCGCGCGCGUAAGAAAGGCCCACCGCCGCCACCUCCGAAGAGGCUGAGCUCGGUGAGCAGCACCACCAGCGGCGAGCUGAGCGACAGCAGCACCACGUCGUCUGCUACCGGACUAACAGACAGCCCGGUGAGCGUGAGGAGCCUGGCUGCCUCGUUGGAGGGCCGGACGGAGAGAGAGGAGAAGAACCCGCCAGGACCGAAACCCGACGGCAUCCGGCAGGAGGCGUUGCCAUCCUUCGCCGUUAACUCUGCAGGACAGGAGGCUGCCGCUGCGGCGAGGAGGAGGGUGCAGAGCGAGUGUAUACCCACCACGACCGUCAGCGCCACGGAGCCGGACCGAGGGGUGAAGUCGGACUCGGAGGAAGAAGAACCCAAAGGCCCGGGCCUGGACGGCUCCUCGUCGCCUCAGAACAGCUCCAGCGAGUGCAUCCCCUUCGCCGAGGAGGGAAACCUGACCAUCAAACAGCGGCCCAAAGCUCCAGGGCCGCCCAGGGCCGAGGCCGUGCUGGAGCCGCCGGAGAAGCACGCCAAGAACCUGGACGUGCCCGAGUUUAACCUGAAGGAGUCGGACACGGUGAAGCGCCGACACAAACCCAAAGACAAGGAGCCGGGAGGAGACUCGCCCGGCAGGGAGGGAGCCAGCAGCAGGCCUCCGUCCCAGAGCCAGGAGGAUCUGAGGAUCAGCGAGGAGAGGCCGGCCAGUCCGGCGACAGGGUCCCCCAUCAAACCUCCACUCUCCCCGAAACCUGCCGUCGCACCGAAACCUGUCCGCCACAGUCUGCUGGCAGCACAAGCUGGACACUCGUCUCCAUCUGUGAGCGUCAGCGGGGUUCAGAGUGUGGCCUUCACCUCUGCAUCCUGUCCAUCCUCUCCCGGGCCCCGAGCCCCGGCCCCCCCGGCCCCUGAGAGUCCCUCUCUGGCAGUGGCGAGGCCCCAGGUGUGUGUCGUGGGUCCGGGUCCGGUCCCCGAGUCGCCCUGCGGGACCCAGGUGGUUCAGCAGAGACUGGAUCAGACCAGCACGUCUCUGGCAGCCGCGCUGAAGGCCGUCGAGAGGAAAUUGGAGGACAACUCAGAUGGUGGAUCGAGCACGGUGAAGUCUGCGGGGACGAUUCUGGACGACAUCGGCAGCAUGUUUGAUGACCUGGCUGACCAGCUGGAUGCCAUGUUGGACUGAAGACUUUCAAAUUAAAAGCCUCAACCUCAGGAAGAGAAAAGGAGAAACUCAGAAACAGAGGAAGAGAGGAACAGAGAAACUCAGAAACAGAGAAACUCAGAAAAGGAGAAACUCAGGAACAGAGAAACAGAGGAAAAGGAAACGGAGGGAAGGAUGGUCGAUGUUUUUGACCCUCCGCUCUGAACAACAUGAUGAACACAGACAUUUGGAGGAGCGAAGGGAAAACACUAGUUGUGUUUUUUGGCCUGAACACCAGCACUUCAUCUCCCCGUGCUUCCUCCGUGACGUCCUCCACUCUCGUUUAUGACAGCAAGGUCCGAAGUUAACUCUCGCCAAGCUCCAUGUACGGGUAAAUGUUCCGUUUGGCGAGUAAAUCUAAGAGCGCUAUCCGGGUUAGGGUUAGGGUUAUGGAGGGUAAAUGUUUGUACCAAAAUAGUUAAUGUUUUAGGCAGUUUGUAGUCAGUUUUUCAGUCAGUCUUCAGUCAGUUUUCAGUAAUUUUUUUUGUCUGAUUUCGGUCAGUUUUCAGUCAGUAUUCAGUUGGUUCUUUGUAUGUUUUCAGUCAGUUUUUCCUUAAAAGUCUGUUUUAGGUCAGUUUUCCGUCGGUUUUCAGUAAUUUUUGGGUCAGUUUUCCGUCAGUUUUCAGUCAGUUUUUGGUCAGUUUCAGUCAGUUUUCAAUCAAUGAAAACAGAAGAUAAACCAGCAGGAAUUGCAACACCAACAAAAGAGUUUUGUGAUGUUACAAAGAAAAUGCAAUUUAAUAUUUUUGCUGGUAAGAAAGAUGCUUGGUGGGCGGAUUUUUCCAUCUCCCUGCCAACAUGGCCACUGAGUCAGAAAGUUAAUUUCGGACUCUGACAGAAUCUGGUUUCUGCCAGUCUGCAAGUCCAAUGGAAACCUUCCCAUGUCAUCGUGUCUCACAGAAACAUGAACCAAACAGAAGGGGGAGAAAAACGCCUCCGCAGAAUAUUAAGAACAUCGUUUAACACUUAUAUUAUAACAUGAAGUUUGUUCUGCGUAAAACGAUAGAGAGCCGAAGUCGGUUGUUGUGGCUAGAAGGGAUAAAGCUACGACCGGAAGUUACGCAAAAUAACGCAGAAUCUAUUAAUACAAUAAUAUCUAUUUUAAUCACUUUCACCCAGGAAACGCGUGCUCGUUCUUCGGGAGUGUAAUAACCCAAACUACCAUCUUUUUCCUAAACUUAACUUUCUUCGCCGUAACUGUUUCCCUUCCAGCCUCAACCCCAGAACUCCUGACAUCACUUCCUGUCAAGCUACAUUACAAAUCUGAGGUACUCUGUUUGAGUAUUUCCAUGUUCUGCUCAGAAAAGUUACAGAAAACUGACAAAACUGACCCAAAACUGAUUGAAAACUGACCAAAAGAUGACCGAAAGAUGACCAUAAAAUGACAAAGAAUUGCCCAAAAAAAUGACAGAAAAAUGACUAUAGAAUACACAAGAAUACAGACUCAUAUCCCUAAUGUCAACAAUCACCAGGAAAAAAAACGUGAAAAGAAAUGUGACAUUAUUUGAAUUACAAAAUAGUGUAUAUGUGGGCCAUACGGCCUUCUGUAUAACGUCAUAAGUUUCUCUCCGGCUCUCUAUCCAACAUGUCUGACCAUUUUAAAAUUUUACGUUUUGUAAUAUUUAAAACAUCUAUUUUAUACCAAGUGAUCUUAACAGUGUGCAGCCAGUCUUCCCGUGUAUUUGUGUCCAAACUGUCGGAGCGCUCAGACGUCAUCUGAUACUAUUUUUUGAUAUUCAUGUUUAGCCAAAGUAGUAUUUAAGUGAGUUAUCUAAAUAUGUAUAUUGUACACUAGAGCUAUAUAUAUAUAUAUAUAUACAGGAGCACAUAUUCAACCAAAGUCUUUGUACAGAGUUUCCUCAACAUAUUUUCACAAACAAAAACAAAAACAGAAUCCUGUUUAUGAUGUUUAUGAAAUGUUUUGUGGUGCAGCCUGCAGCGUGUGGUGUGGAUGAACUCUGUGUAUUUAGCUUGCCGUACAUAUGGAGAGACAUCUGUCUCAAUUAUAUGUAUGUGUGUGAACACCAUUGGCAGAUCUGUGUAUAAAUGAAUAAGCAUUUGUGAAGAUCUUCCUGGAAUUUGCAACUUUCAAUCGGACAGAUUUGUAAAUCCAGUUUUUAAUCUGGGAAUCAAAAAGACAUUUGUGCAUAUAAGGCGCAGAUUUCAGGGGGGGGAUGCAGGGGAUAUAAAACCUGCAAAAAAAAGCAGUAGUAACUUCGGAAGAAUUGUCAAAAAAAAACUCAACGACUCAAAAGGCGACAAAUAUCAGAAAGGCGCAAAAAACUU